AGCGUCAGUUGUACUUUUAACUUCACCGCGAAAGGACGUUACGUCAUACGUCAUCUAAAUACGUGUUUGUUGGUGGGAAUUGUGAAAACUGAUUUGCAUCUAAAUAGCUUUGUUUUAAUUGAAUAUUACUUUUGUGAUGUGAAAAGUUUUUAUGCAUUGUUAUGAAAACUUCAAAAUCAUCCAGAGAUGUCGUUAGUGAAGAUAAAAUAUAAAAAUAUCCAAUAGUGACCUACAUCCAACAAAAUAUGUCACAAAUCAUUGCUACCCUGAGGCUAACUAACUGUUAGUCAAAGUUUUGUAAGUGAAAUACAAUGUGAACAGUGAAAAUGGUGAAAAUGACAUUAUACGCAGUGAUUAUUUGUAUCUGCACAAUGUUCCAGUUUAUAGGUACAGUCAGCACGCUAAAGUUCCUGCAAAUUCACGUACCGAAGGCAGUACUAACGGGGCAGAACGUAGAACUCAUGUGCACUUACGAGUUAGAAGGAGCGCAGCUUUACUCCAUACGAUGGUAUAGAAAUAUGAUAGAAUUUUAUCGGUACGUGCCCAAGGAGUCGCCCGCGACUAAAGUGUUUCCCGUUGCUGAGAUCAAAGUCGAUGUGGCAAGAUCAGAUCAAAAUCGCGUAGUGCUAACUGAAGUGGAUAGAACCUUAACUGGCGAGUACCAAUGUGAGGUGUCGGCUGAUGCACCUCUAUUUCAUACAGACAUCAAAGCAUCGGAAAUGGUCGUUGUUGAGCCUCCGUUAAUCGGCCCGAACAUAACAUCGGAUAGGAUGACAUAUGUGGGAGGAGAUCACAUUGAAGCGAAUUGCUCAUCACCACCCUCGCUACCCGCAGCUAACAUCACGUGGUACGUCAAUGAGCAAAUGGUGCCGAGUUUCACGGCGAACCACGUGACGAACUUUACUAACGGAUAUGCGUCGAGUUUGUCUACUUUGGAGCUCGAGACAGCUGUGUUAUCUCCUCUUCCUAUGCUUAUGAUACGUUGCGAAGCGUCAAUAUUCGACGUGUGGAAAUCAGCAAGCCACGCCGUAGUCCUGAGGGAACGGAACGCGAACCCGGUUUCAGCGUUAGGACGGAGUUUGACAGGUGGCGCCACAGAAACUUGUAUACCUUGUAUACUUGUACUAGUUCUGCAGUCGUUUUUACAAUUUUUACUACAAAAUUAUACGGAAACAUCAAUAAGAUAGCUUCAAAUUAGAUAUAAAUGUAGAAAUCAGGGUUUAAAAUAAUUUGUUUGUUCAUAAUGCUUGUUUUGUAGAUUUGUAUAAAUAUUUAAGUAAGUUAAUUAUUAACGAUGUUUUUAUAAAUAUAUGUUUAUAAAAAUAACUCAAAUAUAUUAUUUAAAAUGAAAACAUUUCAAACAAAAUAAAAUUUCACUAGAUUAAAACGCAUCUAAUUAAACAAUUUACACAUACUACUAAACCCUUGGUCUCAAUGACUUCUUGGUCAUUUUUAUUUCAUAGAUAGGUGAUCAGUCUUAUGUCAGACAAAAUAUGUCAUCGCUUUUUGGAUUUGAGAUAUGCAGUCGGUUUCUUCACAAUGCUUUUCUUCACCGUACAAUUGAGGGUUCGAUUAGCACACAGCAAGUUCAUUAGUGCACGGCCGGAGUUCAGAACCUCUGAGAUGAUAGUUGCAUCUUGAAACCACUAAGCCAACACUGUAUUUUGGCAUAACAUUAGUUGUUUAUAUAAGCUCUGUGACAUAUAAUGACAAUGGCAGCUGACAGGAACGCCAUUGAUCCGACAUAUAUAUAAAGGAACAAUCAAAAGAAAGAUAAUAGAAAAGAAAAUAGAAGAGAUGAUCGAAGACGCGUUAAGGUAUAAAAAAUAAUUGAUACGCCAUGUUCUCUGUUAUGGCUUAACGUUUUUUCGUGAUUUAAGUGUAUGUAUUGUUGUGUGUAAUAAAUUUUAAAUUAUUUUUAAGUUUACAUAGCCACUGACGGGAAAUCGCAUACCAUAACUUUUAUUUUGAUAAACCUUUUAAUUGUAAAGACAUAGAUAACAGACUGAGUUAUUUCAUAUAUUUGGUUCUCGUUUAAGGUGUCAGUUUAGUACUAGUAUAGUAUUUAUUCUAUUUCUAAUUAUCUUAGAUUUAAUGGGCUUGUAAUUAGAAUAAAUUGUAAGGCCUGGGAUGAUCUGUAAAUAUUUUAAAAAAAUAUUGGUUGUUUGUAAAGUAGGUUUACGAUCGAGAUGUUUACGUGAUAACGUCUUAUUGGUGAUAUAAGUUUUUGGGAA